CGCUUUUAUACAGGAAGAGAUAAGGUAUGGUAUAAUAUUUUCUCUGGAUGUCAUUGAGUAGCCGAUCUCUCUACUCGGGUCGUGCCACCAUGAUCAGCUACUCACAUUGCUGUCAAGGUCGAGUACAUUAAGAUUUACAGAAUGUUCGUAGCUUUCUGUAGCCUCUUGCGGCGGUACAGGCACGGCAACGUGCGCCAACAUUUGACGGGAGGGGCUUUGCAAUCCGCUGCUGAUUGCGUAAAGGUCGACUUCUCAGAUUAUCAUGGAACUGACGAAAGCGCAUCGUCGGUGCGGGCUGCAAGUAGUGCAGCGGCAUCAACCUCGUUCGCGAGUUUCCAUUCCGGAAUUCAUACAACCGCCAUCACGUCGGACAACGACUACAUAAUUUUUGGACGGACAGCGCGUCAUGCCAGUACGGCGUCGGAAGGUCAUACGGCUCGUCGACGGGAGAUUCUGCGCGAUGCGGCCCAGAAAGUGUCUCCGAACAGCUCGUGGCUGCUCGCAUACAGUCAUAACAUCGAUCCUCGGCAGCUUACAUUUCGGUUGGGAAAGCGGUCCACGCUACACGCUUUGCAGGAGGGCUGGACACUUUACCAGCACAAGUUCGAUACCGUGGCUAUGGCGGCAUUGCUGCGCCGGAUCCGGGUUGCACAAUGUUACGAUGCCGAUUUCAACUCCGCUGCGGCACAGAGCCUUCUCGAUGCCAUGGUACCACGGUUAAAGUCCAUUACCUUGCGGUUUGGCAAGCUGCGGGACACGAUCGCGUACCUACACGCUCUCGCAAAGCUGCGGUCUCCGCCUCCGCAAGCACCUGCCAAGGGCGUGGCAGGUCUCAGAGAAAGCGAAUUUGAUAAUAGCGCGGAGGGGACGGUCCCAACAGGGGCCGUCAAAGACGGCAAAGCACUCCUGGGCCAGCCAGCCGAGCUCGUCCUGGACCUGGCGAUGUGGGCAACUCGUGAUCGAACCCUGGUCCUUCAAGCCAGCCCACGGCGGUUAGCCACAUUGCUAUGGGCGUUGCUGCGGACCGUGCCGCAAGAGCUGUACAGCAGCGAAAAACUGCAGAUGGUUCUUGACCGCGUGGCCUACUGCUCCAUACGCCAGUGGCCCAACUUCGCUCCGGAGGACAUGAGAAUCUACGCGGUGGCGUAUGCGACCUUUGGGCCGCAAGGCGCUCCGGCUGCCGCCUCGGCGGAGAAGGGGGGUCCGGGCGGCAGUUGGAGGCGGAGCGGCCGCAGCUGGCUGGGCAGUGUGUCGUCCUGGCCGCAGAUGCCGAGGAAGAAGUCCAAGGCGGAGGGCGACAGUGGCGACGGGGAUGCGGAUCCGGGCACAGCAAAGGCGGAGGGCAGCGACGACAACAUCGGCAUCAGCAUCAACCGUAGCAAGUACGAUGCCGAGGCGAAAGCGGCGCAGCGCCGGAAGCGCAAUGCGUUGAUCCUGCAGGUCUUGGCGGACCAGCUCGCGAAGCGUGUGGGCGACGUGUUGGUAGCGUCCCCACAAACCCGGGACUUGGCGCUGGCGGCUCACGCCUGGGCUCUCCAGGGCGCACCCAAACCCCACAUGCCGCUUUUGGUGAAGGCGGCGGACGCGGCGGCGGCGACGCCGCGCUCGUUGCUGCCCGUGGAGCUGGUGCUCCUGGUGGAGGCGCUUGCGAAGUACGGCGUACGGCAGCCCGUGUUUCUGGACACUGUGCGACAGCGCACACGGGGUUGGGCCGCUGGCGCGCGGGAUGUGGCGUCGGGACCAGCGGCUGCGGAGGAAUCAGCGGCAGCAGAGCCAGCAGAACAGUUGCAGCUGCAGCAGCUGCACGGCCGCCUCGUUGGGGCUUUUGGGAGUUUGGGGGUAACGUUGUAAGGCCGUGCUUUUGUUCAUGGCUUGAAUAUUGCUUUAGCGGAUGUAAUGCUCUUUCGGGCACGAGAUGAGAGGAGCUCUGGGCACGUCAUGUUUUCCGAUGUUGCACACGCUCUUUGGGAAGCGUGCAACCCAGGAAGAGAGGUUGCGCAAUUGAAGGUUACAGAAGGGACCUAUAGGAAAGCGCGGCGAGUUUGUGAUGGGUAAGUGGCUUAGCCAGAUGUUUUAGUUGUUAAACAGAAUGCGGGAGAGGGGCAGGGGGUUAUAUUGAACGCCGAUGUAACCCAAUUUUUUCUG